AGAAGCCUCAUACACCGUUCAUGCAUCAGUCUUCUCUUACCAAAGUUAAUUUGAUCCACGUAGCAUAAUAAGUCGUGCAAUAGUUUUAUAAUACAGCUAAAAUCGCACCGUAUAAAAAGAGCGUUGCUGGUUUGAAGACGAGUUUUGGUAUUUUAGGUAAAGGGUGAAUGUUUGCAGUGAAAAUGUCUUCGGUUCAACCCCAGAGAGAGAUGAGCACCGAGCAGGAAACUCCUGCUGAAGAAACCACCGAGUUCAAAGAAAUCUUCGUCAAGCCGGAGGAAGCAAUGGAUGAUCAGCGCAGACUGCUGGAUUUCAGCCGGAUACCUCUGAUAAUCUUACACCGAAUAGAUUCCCAAAAAUAUUGUGUGUGUAAAGAUGAGGGGGUUCACACUGAGCUCAGCAACCAGGAGAGGAAUUCCACCUUAGAUGAAGAGGAUUCCGAACCUUGGCAUAUAAAACGAGAGCAAAAGGAAUCAGAAGCUCUGCAAAUAAAACAGGAGCAAAAGGAUCCUGACCCUCUGCAGAUAAAACAGGAGCAAACAGAACCAGGACUUCUGCAGAUAAAACUAGAGAAAGAGGAAAAAGAACAUCAACAGUUUAAAGAGGAUGAGAGGCAACUCUACGUUAGUCAGGUUGAAAAGCAACUUGUGCUGAAACAAGAGACUGGCUACAUUUUAAUGACUCCUUCUAAUGUGCAGAGACUCAACAAUGAAACAGAACCAAAUAGCAACCAACUCCUCUCUCAAUCAUCCCCUGAAGUUGAGAGCCCAGGUCAGGAAGGAAAAAGUAUCGAGGACCUAGGAAAAAGGAGAGUAGAACAGAAGCAAAGUGAAAUAUAUGAGAAAAUCAAACAGCAGAAAGGUACUGCUGACAUUUCAAAACAUAAAGCAAACAUGAAAACUCACACUGACCAAAAUAUAUAUUCUUGUAAAAGUGAUUAUAAAAACUUUUCUGAAAAAAGUAAUGGGAGUACACAUGUGAGAACACACAAGACUAAGAAGCCUUUCUCAUGUAAGAGUUGUGGAAAAAAGUUCCUCUAUAGAAGCAGUUUAACUGUUCACAUGAAAAGUCACACAGGCAUGAAGCCUUUCACUUGUGUGGACUGUGGAAAGAGUUACAGUGGUAGAAGUGGUUUAACUUAUCACAUGAGAACGCACACAGGUGAGAAGCCUUUCACUUGUGUGAACUGUGGAAAGAGUUACAGUGACAGAAGUGGUUUAACAAUUCACAUGAGAGCUCACACAGGUGAGAAACCUUUCACUUGUGUGAACUGUGGAAAGAGUUACAGUGAUAGAAAAGGUUUAACUUCUCACAUGAGAACUCACACAGGCGAAAAACCUUUCACAUGUGCGAACUGUGGAAAAGGUUUUAGACAAAAACUCUCGUUGACAAUUCACAUGAGAGUUCACACAGGUGAGAAGCCUUUCACAUGUGUGAACUGUGGAAAAGGUUUUAGACAAAAAAUCUCUUUGACAAUUCACAUGAGAGCUCACACAGGUGAGAAACCUUUCACCUGUGUGAGUUGUGGAAAAAGUUUUAUUCUAAAAAGCCUUUUAAAAAUUCACAUGAGAGCUCACACAGGCGAGAAGCCUUAUACUUGUACAACCUGUGGAAAAAGUUAUGGUGAUAGAAGUGGUUUAAUUUCUCAUAUGAGAACUCACACAGGCGAGAAGCCCUUUACAUGUAUGACUUGUCAAAAAAGUUUUAGUAGAAAAAGCAAUUUAACAAUUCACAUGAGAGCUCACACAGGUGAGAAGCCUUUCUUCUGUGUAACCUGUGGAAAAAGUUUUAGUCUAAACAGCCUUUUAAAAAUUCACAUGAGAACUCACACAGAUGAGAAGCCUUUCACUUGUACAACCUGUGGAAAGAGUUACAGUGGUAGAAGUGGUUUAACUUAUCACAUGAGAACUCACACAGGUGAGAAGCCCUUCACAUGUAUGACUUGUGAAAAAGGUUUUACUAGAAAAGGCAAGUUAACAAUUCACAUGAGAGCUCACACAGGUGAGAAGCCUUUCUCAUGUACAACCUGCGGAAAGAGUUACAGUGAUGGGAAUAGUUUAACUUAUCAUAUGAGAACUCACACAGGUGAGAAGCCUUUCACAUGUACAACCUGUGGAAAGAGUUACAGUGAUGGAAGUGGUUUAACUCGUCACAUGAGAGCUCACACAGGCGAGAAGCCUUUCUCAUGUGUAAACUGUGGAAAAAGUUUUAGUCUUAAAAGCCUUUUAAAAGUUCACAUGAGAACUCACACUGGUGAGAAGCCUUUCACAUGUACAACCUGCGGAAAGAGUUACAGUGGUAGAAGUGGUUUAACUUAUCACAUGCGAGGUCACACAGGCGAGAAGCCUUUCACGUGUAUGACUUGUCAAAAAAGUUUUUGUAAAAAAAGCAGUUUAACACUUCACAUGAGAACUCACACAGGUGAGAAGCCUUUCAUAUGUACAACUUGUGGAAAAAGUUACAGUUAUAGAAGUGAUUUAACUCGUCACAUGAGAGCUCACACAGAUGAGCAGCCUUUCAUGUACAACCUGUAAAAAAUAUGUUAAUUAAAAUAAGUAUUUUCACUGUUCACAUGAGAAUUUACACAGGUAAGAAGGCCAUUCUGGAUGUUUGUGGAAAAUAAAUCUGUAAAAAUUCUGAUAUAAUUGUUCAAAAAUGUUUUUUGAUAAAUGUUUAUUUUCAAGUGAGAUAUUUGUGUCUGUAUGAACAAAUGGCUUAAAAGGCUUUCAAAUUUAUGCCUCAUCCACACAGAAAUAAACAGUAAAUCUUCGGAAACAAUUAAGAUUUUUUUUUUCUUAAUGCUGAAUGAGCUCUAGUAGGCAUGCUGGGCCCAUUGGUUGCACUGUGACACUGCCAAAAAACAUCAGGCAUUCGCUGAGCAGACAACUUACAUAAAGUAAACAGUACAGUGGAGGCAUGCUUUUUAUAGCAGGCUCACUAGAAAGGAAGACGUCAAGGACGAUACUAACAGCCAUAACGAAGAUUGCAAUAUUGGAUGGAUUUGUGAGAGUGAGGCACAUGCGGGUUACAGAGGGUGGUGACGCUGUGACAUCAUUGUUUAUAAAACGAUGAGGCUUGCGUGUACACAUAGAGAAAUUAAACCAACGUUUUUAAAUGUAACCACUAUGGGAACCGGUCCACUAGGACAGAAGGGAAGAACAAGGAACAGACACACGUCAAAGACGCUCUCGAAACCUGUGGAUACCCUAAGUGGCCUUUGUCAAAUCAGCAAAGAAAUCCAAUAGACACAUUGCAGAACAGAACAAGGAGAAGAAGCAGUGCUGAAACAUUGACUUUCUACAGAGCCAGCAUAGAGAGCAUCCUGACAUACUGCAUCACAGGGUGGUAUAUGGUUGCUCAGCAGCAGACAGGAGAGCGCUGCAGAGGGUCAUCAAUGCAGCCCAAAAGAUCACUGGCUGCUCUCUGCGCAGCCUGGAGGACAUUGCCAGCUCUCGCUACCUCAGCAGAGCUGGCAAUAUCAUCAAGGACUCAUCUCACCCCAGUAACCACCUGUUUGACCUGUUAUGGCUGGGCUGAUGGUACAGGUCACCAGUUUUCCAAAUAUGGUUGUAGCCAAUCAGAGUGAGCCCCAUAUUAUUACCACACCCAAC